GCGGGUUUGGAGAACUAAACGUCGAAUAGUAACUCGUUUUGAAAUGCUAGUGAUACAAAAAGAAGUAAGGAAUAUUUUCUAAGUUUUGUAUUUGUAAAAUGCACAUUUGUAUUGACUUGUCAAUGCAAAAAGAAAAGAAAAAGUCAAGAAGAAGCAAGAAACGUUUGGAAGCAUGUAUAUGAAACCUAUGUUUGAUACAAACAAACAAUAAUAAUUCUGUGUUAUCAGACCUCGGAAAAUUUCGAUGACUGUUCGUGCUGUUGUUUGCUGCGAAACUUAGCGUCGUGUUUCGUUUUCAGACUCCAUGAGAGAUGGUUAAUUAUUUAAGUCUGUACAAGCUCAGUAUGAUGAUCUCAGUGUUUUUCACUUUAAUAUUCUUUGCCUGGGUUCAAGCGCAGUGUCCUGAAGAGAACAAUAUUGCUCCUUGUAAAUGUGUCACACCAAACGGAGAAGUGAAUGUUUUAUGUCGGGGAGAAAUAGGUCUUCCUCGUCUGACAGAGAUAUUGAUGAAGACUUUUUGCGGAGAGACUAUAAAGAAAUUUGAACUUAUCCAAUCGGAUAUUGACUACCUUCCAAGCAAUCUAUUCUAUAAAGUUAUUGUAAAAGAUAUUCAGGUAUCUUUCACAAAUAUCAGUCAUUUCACUCGUGCUGGCAUUUCUGCGUUUUUUGGCCAAGAAAGGUACUUGGAGUCGCUUUCUAUGAGAAGGUGCCAUCUUGUAAAUGGAUUGCAGUGGCAAAUGAUUGGAGACUUACAAGUGUUGACGUACUUAGAUUUGUCUUUCAAUGAUUUGUCAAGAAUACCAGAACAAUGGUUCAAGCAUCCACCUCCAAACCUGAGGUCCCUUACACUCAAAGGGAACAAAAUACGAGCUCUGGAGUCUGGAGCGUUUCUACUACAUGCACAAGCUUCUCCAAUUGGAUGUAUCAGAAAAUCAAAUCACUAGCAUAGUGAGAGAGGCUUUUCCUUGGCCUGGAAACAAUCUCCUUUACCUGACACU